GAGAAAAGAAUAACAAUAAUAAUAAAAUGACGAAGCCAAUUGAAUUCCCCUCAAUCGAUGCUUGUGGCUUCCAAACCCUAAUUUUCUCACACGUCGCUUAACCAAAAACCCCUUUUGUUCACGAAACGGAAAACUAACAAAAAGAUCAAGAUCCGAAAUCAAUUAAAACUGUUCAAUUUUGUAUUAUAACUGCGUCCUUGAACACGCAACAAGCUGUCUUUUCGGAAUUGAAGAAGAUAGAAGGGAGUGAAAAUCCCCAAUUUCAUGACCCGACAUCGUCAAAUCAAUCGAUCAACAAUCGUUUUCUGCUCUGGUAGAAAUUGCUAGUCUUGGUUGGCUUGAUGGGUGCUCCUAAGCAGAAAUGGACAUCUGAAGAAGAAGCAGCUCUGAAAGCUGGAGUUCUUAAGCAUGGAGCAGGAAAAUGGCGCACAAUUCUUAAAGAUCCAGAGUUUAGCAGUGUGCUUUACCUGCGCUCUAAUGUGGAUCUUAAGGACAAAUGGAGGAACAUGAGUGUAAUGGCAAAUGGAUGGGGAUCUAGGGAGAAGGCUAGGUUAGCCCUGAAAAGAGUGCAACAUGUCCCUAAGGAUGACAACCCUCUCUCACUCACAACCGCUGAUCCCAGUGAUGAAGACUCAGGUGAUGUGAGGCCUCUUCAGUCUUCUAGUGGUUCUCCACAAGUUGGUGCUUCAAAAAGAUCUAUGAUAAGGCUGGACAAUCUUAUAAUGGAGGCAAUAAACAACUUGAAGGAGCAUGGUGGCUCUAAUAAGACUACCAUUGGCACAUACAUAGAGGAGCAAUAUUGGGCACCUCCAAAUUUUAAGAGACUUCUAUCAAUGAAGUUAAAGUUUCUGACUGCAACUGGAAAACUAAUCAAGACAAAACGCAAAUAUAAAAUUGCAUCAGCAAAUGCAUCAUCAUCUGACAAGAAAAGGGUUUCUACCAUGUUACGAUUAGAGGGAAGACACAAGGGUUCUUCUCCAAAACUUGAUAAGGAUGAAAUCAAUGUUCCUACAAAAGCUCAGAUUGAUUUAGAACUUCAAAAGAUGAGAAGUAUGACACCGCAGGAGGCGGCUGCCGCCGCUGCUCAGGCGGUUGCAGAGGCGGAAGCCGCCAUAGCGGAAGCAGAAGAGGCAGCAAGGGAGGCGGAGGCAGCUGAGGCUGAUGCAGAAGCUGCUCAAGCUUUUGCAGAGGCGGCUAUGAAGACACUUAAAGGGAGAACCGCGCAAAGGCUGAUGAUUCGUGCUUGAUGGAAAUGGGAAUGACGAGGGCUUUUGUUAUACAUGCUUUGAUGUGGAUUUUUGAUGAACUUUGCAGUUGUAAAUAUAGUUUGUUGAUUCAGAAUCACUCAACUGGCAAAUGAGAACAUUUGGUGGUUAUUUUUUUUAAAUAUAUUUUAUAAAAAGGGAGUAAGAUAGAAUAAAACAUUGGUUGCUGUUGUUGGUUGUCAACAUGAGAUGUUUUGGUUUUAUAUAUUGUAUUGUGAUA